AUGGCGGUCCUCUCCCUGCUUAUUGGUCUAGAGACUGAGGUCCUACUCUGUGCAAUUGACAUGCAAGACCAGUGCAAAGGUUCUCUUGAAGAGUUUGCCAAGGGUCUGGUCGGACAUUACAACACCAAAGUCAGGGAAAGACCCGGCCAACCCGAGAUGCGUAUGGCAUUUGAUACGUGGCAUGCGAGCGAAGACCCUACAAACUCCCGAUACUGGUCUGUGGCGGAGGAGAUUUCUAUUGACCCGGAUGAAGAUCAUUGGGGUCUCGAGUUAGCAUCACCUAUCAUACGCUACGAAGCUGGAAGCUCAUGGCGCCAGAAGCUGCAUUUGCAUUUCCAAAUAAUCGAGAGCUACGCUGAGAUCAUGAGUGACGUCACAUGCGGUACCCACGUCCACGUAUCCCCAGGAUACAGCAACUGGACUCUGGAACAAGUCAAGAAUGUCUCAAGAAGCAUCCUCUAUUUCGAAGAAGCGUUCGAAGUCUUGCUGCCUCCAGGACGCCGUGGAAAUCGCGAGUGCAGGAGCAAUCGGAUUGAUAAUCCAAAGCUCAAGCACCUGCCCGAUUUGGAAUCUUGUUUUCAAAGGAUCCAAGAGUGCACUGCGAUCGAGUCUCUGAUACAUCUGAUGAAUGCUAAAGAAGAGGACCCCUCCAAUGUCUCUGAGGAUUCGAAUGGGGAGAAAGCCAUGACGGAGCGUCGCUACGGGUUCAACUUCGAAAAUCUCAUGGAGGGCAAGAUUGGGACUAUUGAGUUCCGACGUCCUCCUUGCGUUACCAACUAUCAGGACUGUGUUAUGUGGGCAGAAUUCGGGGCUUCUUUCAUGCAAGCAGCCAUGCAGUACGGUACCAGCCCGGAUCAUUUGCGGACGUAUGGGCCAGAUGUGGCUGGUCUGGCCGCGUUUAUCGGUCAAGCUGCCAUACCAGGCAUGAAUGAUCGAGCGAUUUUGGAAAAGAUGUUUGCCAGAGGGUCCGGUUGCUUGCCAGUUGGGGCGCUGAAAUACCAUCAUUAUUAUUGA